UCCAUCCCCAGCCCAAGCCGGGUCUGGCCGCGAGGGACGCCAACUGGAGCUAAGAAAGGCAGCUCUGCGGGGGCAGGAGGGCGAGUCGCCCCUCCCGGGUCCUUUCGUGUCCCCUCCCGGGAGGGACCCACACCUGAGCCCAGAUCUACCCCUGGUCGGGGCCACGCUGGAUCCGCCUCCCGGCCUGGGUCCCGCCCGCCGGCUGCAGGUGGGCUGCGGCGCCCCAGAAGCUGGUAGUGGGCGACCGGGAAGGAGGUGAGCGGCGUCUGCUCCCGGUGCUGCUGCGAUCCUUGCCCCCGCUGCUGCGCUCUUCUCCGCCCUUUCCCGCGGGCUAGGCGCGGAGCCGCGCCCCCGCCGCCGCCGCUGCCGCCGCCUUGUCCCUCUGGGGCACCAUGGAGCUCUCCCCGUCGUCCGGAGGAGCCGCGGAGGCACUGUCCUGGCCGGAGAUGUUCCCGGGACUGGAGUCCGACUCGCCGCUGCCCCCGGAGGAGCUGGAAGCCGUUGUCCCAGUCAGUGGUGCCGUGGCCGGUGGCAUGCUGGAUCGGAUUCUCCUGGAGUCCGUGUGUCAGCAACAGAGCUGGGUCCGGGUGUACGAUGUGAAAGGGCCACCCACCCAUCGUCUGUCUUGUGGCCAAUCACCCUACACUGAGACAACAACAUGGGAGCGGAAGUAUUGCAUACUCACAGACAGCCAGUUGGUGUUGCUCAACAAAGAGAAGGAGAUACCUGUGGAGGGAGGACAGGAGCAGCAGACAGAUUCCACCAAAGGGCGAUGCCUGCGGAGAACUGUGAGUGUCCCUUCCGAGGGUCAGUUUCCUGAGUACCCACCAGAGGGCGCUGCUAAACUGGAGGUGCCGGCAGAAAGGUCCCCCCGUAGACGGAGUAUCUCAGGGACCAGUACAUCAGAGAAAACCAACUCCAUGGACACUGCAAAUACCUCACCCUUCAAAGUACCAGGAUUCUUCAGCAAGCGUCUGAAAGGCUCCAUCAAGAGGACCAAAAGCCAAUCAAAGCUGGACAGGAACACAAGCUUCCGGCUUCCCUCCCUUCGCAAUACAGAGGACAGGUCUCGUGGGCUGCCUAAACUAAAAGAGUCACGUUCCCAUGAAUCUUUGCUGAGCCCAUGCAGUGCAGUGGAAUGUCUGGAUCUUGGCAGAGGGGAGCCUGUAUCCGUGAAACCUCUCCAUAGUAGCAUCCUGGGACAAGACUUCUGCUUUGAGGUUACUUACUUAAGUGGAAGUAAAUGCUUCAGCUGUAACUCUGCUUCAGAGAGAGAUAAGUGGAUGGAAAACCUUCGAAGGACAGUUCAGCCAAAUAAGGACAAUUGCAGACGAGCUGAAAAUGUUCUCCGCUUGUGGAUCAUUGAAGCCAAGGACCUUGCCCCUAAAAAGAAAUAUUUCUGCGAACUGUGCCUUGAUGAUACCCUCUUUGCUCGUACAACCAGCAAGACCAAAGCAGACAAUAUUUUUUGGGGUGAACAUUUUGAAUUCUACAGCCUUCCCCAUCUUCAUAGUAUCACAGUUCACAUUUACAAAGAUGUGGAAAAAAAGAAAAAAAAGGACAAGAAUAAUUAUGUAGGUUUAGUCAACAUCCCCACUGCCAGUGUGACUGGCCGCCAAUUUGUAGAAAAGUGGUAUCCAGUGAGUACACCUACGCCCAACAAAGGAAAGACUGGAGGACCUUCUAUUCGUAUUAAGUCACGUUUCCAAACUAUCACCAUUCUGCCUAUGGAGCAAUACAAAGAAUUUGCAGAAUUUGUCACCAGCAACUACACCAUGCUAUGUUCUGUCCUGGAACCAGUAAUUAGUGUGAGAAAUAAAGAGGAGUUAGCUUGUGCCUUAGUGCACAUUCUUCAAAGUACUGGCAGAGCUAAGGAUUUUCUGACCGACUUGGUGAUGUCUGAGGUGGAUCGUUGUGGAGAGCAUGAUGUCUUGAUCUUCAGAGAGAACACCAUUGCCACCAAAUCCAUUGAGGAAUACCUCAAGUUAGUGGGGCAGCAGUAUCUUCACGAUGCAUUGGGGGAGUUCAUCAAAGCUUUGUAUGAGUCAGAUGAGAACUGUGAAGUGGAUCCCAGCAAAUGCUCAUCUAGUGAACUGAUAGACCAUCAGAGCAACCUGAAAAUGUGCUGUGAGCUGGCUUUCUGCAAGAUCAUCAACUCUUACUGUGUUUUCCCUCGUGAAUUGAAAGAAGUGUUCGCUUCAUGGAAGCAGCAGUGCCUGAACCGCGGCAAGCAAGACAUCAGUGAGAGGCUCAUCAGUGCCUCACUGUUUCUGCGUUUUUUGUGCCCAGCCAUUAUGUCUCCUAGUCUUUUCAACCUCAUGCAGGAAUAUCCUGAUGACCGCACCUCCCGGACCCUAACUCUUAUUGCCAAGGUCAUUCAGAACCUGGCUAAUUUUGCCAAAUUUGGUAACAAAGAAGAAUACAUGGCAUUCAUGAAUGAUUUUUUAGAACAUGAAUGGGGUGGAAUGAAGCGCUUCCUUUUGGAGAUAUCUAAUCCAGACACCAUCUCAAACACCCCAGGCUUUGAUGGUUACAUUGAUCUGGGCCGAGAGCUUUCAGUUUUGCAUUCCUUACUGUGGGAAGUAGUUUCCCAACUUGAUAAGGGUGAAAAUUCCUUCCUACAGGCGACCGUGGCAAAAUUGGGACCUCUCCCUCGUGUUCUUGCUGAUAUCACCAAGUCUCUGACUAACCCUACACCCAUACAGCAACAACUCAGACGCUUCACUGAGCAUAACUCCAGUCCAAAUGUCAGUGGAAGCCUCUCCUCUGGGCUGCAGAAAAUAUUCGAAGACCCCACUGACAGUGAUUUGCAUAAACUGAAAUCUCCAAGCCAAGACAACACGGAUAGCUAUUUUAGAGGGAAAACAUUGUUACUGGUGCAGCAAGCCUCCUCCCAAAGCAUGACUUACUCUGAAAAGGAUGAAAAAGAAAGCAGUCUUCCAAAUGGUCGGAGCAUCUCCCUCAUGGACCUUCAAGACACUCAUGCUGCUCAAGUGGAGCAUGCAUCCGUCAUGCUUGAUGUGCCUAUGCGCUUGACCGGAAGCCAGCUUUCCAUAACCCAGGUGGCCAGCAUCAAACAAUUGCGGGAAGCACAGAGCACUCCCCAGAGUGCACCCCAAGUGAGAAGGCCCUUGCACCCAGCCUUGAGCCAGCCAGGCAGCCUCCAGCCCUUGUCAUUCCAGAACCCUGUCUAUCACCUCAAUAACCCAAUUCCAACAAUGCCAAAGGCCUCUGUAGAUUCGAGUUUGGAGAACUUAAGCACUGCCAGUUCCCGAAGCCAAAGUAAUAGUGAGGACUUCAAGCUCAGUGGACCCAGCAAUAGCAGCAUGGAAGAUUUCACCAAACGUAGCACUCAAAGUGAGGACUUCUCCAGACGGCACACUGUGCCAGACAGACACAUACCUCUUGCCCUGCCACGGCAAAAUAGUACCGGACAGGCACAAAUCCGAAAAGUGGACCAGGCUGGGUUAGGUGCCCGAGCCAAAGCCCCACCAUCCUUGCCACACAGUGCUUCCUUACGUAGCACCGGGAGCAUGUCUGUGGCAUCAGCAGCCCUGAUGGCUGAACCUGUGCAGAAUGGGAGCCGGUCCCGGCAGCAGUCUUCAUCUUCCAGAGAGAGCCCUGUUCCCAAAGUGAGAGCCAUCCAGAGACAGCAGACCCAGCAGGUAGGGGUUCAGUCACCUGUGGACUCCGCCACAAUGUCCCCCGUAGAGAGGACAGCAGCUUGGGUUCUAAACAAUGGGCAGUAUGAAGAGGAUGUGGAAGAAACUGAACAAAAUCAAGAUGAAGCCAAGCAUGCUGAAAAGUAUGAGCAAGAAAUCACAAAGCUGAAGGAGCGCCUGCGAGUGUCCAGCCGGCGGCUGGAGGAGUAUGAACGCCGGCUGCUGGUGCAGGAGCAGCAGAUGCAGAAGCUUCUGCUGGAGUACAAAGCCCGCCUGGAGGAUAGUGAGGAGCGGCUGCGUAGGCAGCAGGAGGAGAAAGACAGCCAGAUGAAGAGCAUCAUCAGCAGGCUAAUGGCUGUGGAAGAGGAAUUGAAAAAGGAUCAUGCUGAGAUGCAAGCAGUUAUUGAUGCAAAGCAGAAAAUAAUUGAUGCCCAGGUCAUAAAUGGAGAUGAGAUUAUUCAAACAGGAAAAACGGAUCGUGUCCCUGGAUUCUGCCAACACCAGACUGAUGAGCGCACUGACCCAAGUGAAGGAGCGGUACAGCAUGCAGGUCCGCAAUGGCAUCUCCCCCACCAACCCCACCAAACUUUCCAUCACGGAGAAUGGUGAAUUCAAAAACAGCAGCUGCUGAUGGGCUUCAUGGAUAGACAGACUAUGGGAGGAGACAGAAGGAAAUUUCCCCGCUCUCCUGCCCCAGCCCUUACCCACCCCCACCAGGUUUACAGAAUGUUUGCUACUUCAACACGGCAGUGUGGCAAGGAACUCUUGAAUGAAGAAAGGAACUUUCGUCUUUCAGGGCAUAAGGCUGAGACUUGAAGGUCGAUGCUUCCCCCCAUGUCUCUGUGUACAUAGGGAACUUAGUUCUGGGCCAUGUACAGAAAAUACCACUGUAAUAUACCAAAAGGAAGUUAAUAAUGUAGAUUACCUUUUUAAUUAUUGCUAUUUUUAUUAUUAUUUUCCUCUAGUUGAAAGCACUGCAGUUGUUAGAGGAGGAAAAUUAGGAAUUGUGUGUGAGUGAGAAUGGGCCCAGGGGUUCAGUAGCUAGAGACCAAGUGUGUGUGAUAGGAGCACAGGGAGUGCAAUAGAACAUCAUCAGGAUGAAUUGUUCAGGGAUUCAUCUGCCCAUUUAAAAAUCCCACCCUGGUCCCCGUGUCCCUUAGGAAAACACGAGAAUUCCAAGAUCCAAGCAAAAUGUAUCCCAUUGAUCACCCAAGACUGGUUCUGGAUGGACAACGAAUCUGAUUUGGGAACAUACUUUUUCAAAGGACACAGAUAAGAACUGUGUAUCGAAAUUGGACUUGAGUAAUUUCUAUUGAACUCUUGUUGACGUUUGUUUCCUUCUGUUUAUAGCAGAUGGGAAUUUUCCAUUUUAGAUAGGGGGCUUUUUUUUCACCCCAAUUGUAAUAAAGGGUGUUCUUAUUUUCUUCUUUAGAGUUUACAAAACUAUAAAUACUGUGUCUUGACAACUGUCUCCAUCCUCACACAGCCUCUGUCCUUUCCUCUCCGUGCCAGAGCCAGUCAUCAGCAACAGGGUCACCUUCCCUGGAGAGGUUAUUCAAGCACGCUGUCCACAGCCAUCUAAAACAAACACCCUUUCUCCUACACAGAAAAGGGCUAACCAUACCAUAGCAAGAAUCUCUGGAUAUUUCCUAUUAAAAAUUGUUUUUAUAUUUGUAAGUUAUAACUUUUAUUUGGGAAUAAAGAUUAUAUCCAUUGUACUAGCAAAUCUCUGGGUAGGAUAAUUUUACCACAAUCCUUAAUUUUAAAGUUGGUUCUCCUAUUAGUCCUCUCAGUAAAAUUUGGAAAGGAAAUCCAAAUCUGAAACUUUGCUCUCUUAAAAGAGAAAUCACUCUUAUGGAUAAAAAAGAAAACAAAGUGUGAGAACAGCAUAUGCCAUGCUUUUAGUAGACCCAAUCUACCCAUCAUGGUUCUUGACUUCAUCAUCAGAUAAGAAAAGUCACGGGAGUGAAUUUAUUUCCUUUUUUUUUUUUCUCAGAAGUGUGAGGUGUCUUCUUCCAUAUCAGAAGUAUGGGAUGUUACAUGUUAAACAGCAUUAUAUAUACAAAAAUAUAUAUACAUAUAUACUCACAUAUGUACAUAGUACAGCACAAGUGGAAAAAGUCCACACCUUCCAUGCGGUCAGAUGCAGUGUUAGAAGGGUUUUAAGAUAUCUAAGCAGUUGUUUAUAUUGAGAAAGCCUCAUUUCUGCAAUAAGUUAAUGAUGUUUAUUUUAAUUUAUGAACUUCAAGGAAAUUUUUUAAAAGGCAAGGAAAGAUUAAGAAAAAAAUACAUCUGAAGAAGCCGUAAGUAUGAAGUGAGUUGUCUCCACAGAACAAAAUACUUAACAAAGGACAAGGGAACAAUUUUUUGCAUCUUCUUUUGAGUGAAGCCCAGAGAGACUCCAAGCCUCAUGUUUACAGCAGGCCCAGGUUUGUGUCCUUCCCUCUAAGUGCUGCCCUCUCUCACAUGGGAUGUCAGCAGCCACACCAUGGCCCACAGGCUGUUACAAUAUUCCCUGUUUUUGCCUGUCAAGAUCUAAGAAUUGUGCAUUUCAGUGACUUACGUAUGUAAUGUGGGUAAUGUCUCGCACUUAAUUUUGGAAUUUCAGAGAACUGAUAAAGUUAGCUAUAUCAGGGGCUUGAGAGAAACACAAAAAGUCAAAAAAUGUUUUUGAUAGAUGUAAGACAUCUUGUUGCAUUGUGAGAAUUCCUCAUGGGAUGCCUGCUUUGGAAGAUUAAAUAUCCAAAAUGUUUGGGGAAACUAUGCAGCCCUCUUUUACCAUGUUUCCUGGACAAUGAGGGAAAAAAAUAAGGCUGCAAGUUCAGAAUUAUUGCCAGAUGUUAAAUUUUAGAUUGUCCUUUGAGCCUACGCCUGUCUACAUUUUUUUCUGAGUAUUUCUUUAGAGAACACUGCAAUUUAUGGAAUUUAUUUUGAGGCAUUUUUAAGUACAAAAAAAGGCCUCAAUAGUUGAUGAUGUUUACGGAGGUAUAGCUUAAAUGGCAUUUAUUCAGUUUCUGUAGGUGCAUACCUGUUUUGCUGGGAGGAGUUGAGUGAUUGAAGAAAAGCAGGUGGGUUGAGAUAGCCGCGCCUCACAUUCCUUCUUCCACCUAGCACGUCACCACAUCAUGGACUACAGCAUGGACGUGAGUUGAGUGGAAUUUGGAAUGCAGGUGAAGUGAUUGCAAAGUGUUUGUCUAACUGAUGACCAGUCUAGGCCAUUAACAAGGACAGUGUUCAUAGAAUUUAGAAAAAGAGCUUCAUACUCCCCUUUCAUUUCACUGGAGCAAUAAGGUUUGACAGAAGCAGGAGAAAACAGCUCUAUUUUUCAUCAGGUUAUCCUGUUCCCUAAGUCUCAGCACUAUAAGCCAUGCAAAGGGGAGAUUGUAACAAGGUCACAAAUACUUGAGGACUUACUAUGUUCCAGGCGGUGUCAUCAGGGUUGUUGGGCCUGGAGCCCUCUGUUGGAAAAAGAGUAGUAAAAUAAAGCAAUUAGGCUGCUA